AUGGAGCUUCUACCGGAGGGCCAAAAGAACACCACCGAGGUGUUGUUUGAGGACCAGAAGAAGAUUAACAAGUUCUCGCUGCUUAUAAGCAACAAGGACGAGUUGGAAGCUCAGCUAGCGCUGCUCAAACUGGAAAAGGAGUACUGUGGCGACUUGGAGCUUGAACUCGAGUUAUUGGACGAAGACGACAAAGUACAGUACAAAGUCGGCGACGCCUUUGUUUUCUUGAAAGUGGAGAGCGCCGUGAAGCGAAUUGAGGCCGAAAACGAACGUCUUGACGCCAAAAUCGACGAGAUCGACGGCGAGAUCGACGCCAUCGACACCCAGUUGCUGGAGUUGAAGGAGCAAUUAUACGCCAAGUUCGGCAACAACAUCAACUUGGAGCGCUAA